CCGCCAAGUCGAGUUUGUGCUCAUUCUGGCUCUCUCUCAGAUUCAGCCACUUUUCGCUUACAGAUUCAGGAGAUUCGUCUUGUGCAAUCCAUUCUCGACAUUCAACUCAUCGUCCUGGGAAUUGCGACUAUUGUGAGGUCUUUUCCGUUGUUGAAUAAAGCUUUGGGAUGGCUGAAGGAAGUUAGCGUGGUGAAAAACAGGAAUCGCGAACAUGUCUGUGAAGAUCAAACUUCACCGAAUGGACCGCGUUUACAGACCUCCGGAUGUAAUUGAUGGAGUGAUAAUUAUUGAUACGCCUUCAAGUGUUUCUCAUCAAGGCGUUCGUCUGACUGCUGUAGGAACCAUCGUGUUCCAACUGAGUGCCAGACAGGUGGGAGUUUUUGAGGCACUUUAUAAAUCUGUGAAACCGAUUGAGCUCAUGCAUAAAGUUGUGGAUAUUCAAGCUCCUGGGAAAUUUCCUCGAGGAAAAACGGAGAUCCCUUUCGCCAUUUCCUUGGAUACACCCAAAGAAGGCAAGCUGUUCGAGUCCUUUCAUGGAGCUUAUGUUAAUAUCCAGUACUUACUUACAGCUGAACUUAUCAGAGGAUAUCUACAAAAACAAAUGUUAGAAAUCGUUGAAUUUAUGGUGGAAGAACGAAAAGAGCAAAUGCCAAGAAGGCUCUUAGAGUCAACACCAGUGAAUUUCUACAUCACUCAAGAUACCCAGAAACACGUGAUUGCUCCAGCGCUGCGGUCAGGUGGCUUCAAGAUCACUGGACGUGUUGUUACUCAGUGUCCUUUAUCCGAAUAUGUGAUGGGUGAGUUGACAGUUGAACAUUCAGCUAUUCCUAUAAGCUCAAUUGACCUUCAGCUUCUACGGGUGGAAUCAAUCGUUGCUGGUGAUAGAAUGGCAACGGAGGCUUCAGAGAUUCAGCGUACUCAGGUGGUAGAUGGUGAUGUUUGUAGGGGACUUGUAGUGCCCAUCUACAUGGUUCUUCCUCGCCUUUUAACGUGUCCCACGCUGGCUGCCGGGGCGUUCUCUUUGGAGUUUGAGUUGUCAAUCGUUGUCACUUUCGAAGCACUAUCGUCAAGGCAUACUCUCCUGUACGAUCCAGAUUCGACUAAGAUGACGACGGCACAUGAGACUCUGCCCUUGAGGCUUUUUCGACUUUGAUCCACAAUCUCUGCUCGUCCAGAAAACUCUGAAGUUACAGUAUUCAGUUACUGCAAAUAGUAUUAAUGACCAGUUUAGUUUGUGAUUGGAUUUGAUCGAUUUUUGUAAUCGCGAAAGCAAUACUAUACAUCAAAUUUGCAUGCGUCGACAAUCUGGUGCUUGGGAUUAUUCGCCUGUAUGUACCUGGACUGAAGUUUGCGGCUGAUGUUGGAGGAAGCUGGCAGUUGGUGUUGGUGAGACAUGAAUUGGGUUUGUGUCAAGCGCUAGGAUCCGAACCUGAUGUGGCAAUUACUUAGCAGGGCUUUGUAGACAGAUUCAGAAUUUAAACAAGGAUCAGACAGGUAACGCGUUGAUAUCCACUUGAUGCCUUUUGAAAGUAAAGCGGGUACGUGCACUUGUUACUACGUAUUUAGCCUCAUAAUAGAAUGAUACCUUGAGAUACACUACUAAUGAUUUGGCACGAGUGGUCAUCGUGCAAUGGUCCUUCAGUGCCUAUUACCUGAUGGAGUACUUUGUCUUACUGUAUAUUGUAGCUUGGCAAUUGAGCCUAAUCCUUCAAUCUGUAACUCACUAUUAAGAGAUAUUGCCCAGUGGGUUUUAUUUUUGCUGCUGUACUACUUUACAGAUCUGACUUAACAGUAUCGUCAACUUUUCAAAAGUUCCAUCUUUUUCAUUUUUGAAAAAAAUAAAAGAUGGUUGUAGAUGCUGGGCGUAGAAAGUUCCAUCUUUUUCAUUUUUGAAGAACAGUUUUUGUUUUUUUGUUUCUCUUCCGAGGGAGGUGGAGCGAAUUCAGUACAGGAAUAUAUGAAUUGGUGCAGCCGAGGGAGUACAGAAUCACAUGGAUGGCACGUGUUAUACCUGCAGUAGAAGAAAUCUGUCACAUCUUAUGUGGGUGUUAAACUGGUUUCCACAUGCGUGUAUUAACAACA